AAGUGACUUGCCAGCCUCGAGAAGGACCGAAGGCAUCCAUCCAUCCAUCCAGCCAGCCAUCCGGCAUCUCCUUUCCCUUCACGUCGGGGCGGAGGGAGCGCUCUGCUUGUCCGCAUCUUCCCCACCCGCAUCCUGCCAGGGAUACUUUAAAAUCUAAGGGAAAUGAUGUUUGCACUGAUGGGAAGCCCAGGUGUCACACCACUCACUGAAAUUCUGGCUGUCUUCACAAUCUCUUUCCUCCUUUUGGUUGCUGUCAAAUCUUUCUGGCACCGGGUUCCACCAGGUUUUAAGAGACUUCCCGGGCCAAGGGGAUACCCAUUGAUUGGAAACAUCUUAGACCUGGGGAAGAACCCCCAUCUUACCUUGGCACAGAUGAGCGAGAAGUAUGGGGACGUGAUGCUUAUCACUCUUGGCACAAGACCAGUCCUGGUGCUGAGUGGAUUGGAAACCAUCAGGCAAGCCCUGAUCAAGCAAGGGGAUGACUUUGUGGCACGCCCUGAUCUCUACAGCUUCCAGUUCAUUGCAGAUGGCCAGAGCUUCGCCUUCGGUAGGUGUUCUAAAGAAGCAUGGCGAUCCCGUAGAAAGCUAGCCCAGAAUGCUCUGAAGAUCUUCUCAACUUCCGCUAGCCCUAUGUCAUCUAUGUGUCCACUGGAGGAUUCAGUGUCAAAAGAAGCAGAUUACUUAAUUGCAAAGUUCCAAGAGCUGAUGAAGGAAAAGAAUCGCUUUGAACCUUACCGGUACCUGGUAAUCUCUGUGGCCAAUGUCAUCUGUGCCAUGUGUUUUGGUAAGCGCUACACUCAUGAAGACCAAGAGCUGUUAAGUAUGGUGAACCUAAACAAUGAGUUUGGAGAGGCGGCUGCUUCUGGGAACCCAGCUGACUUCAUCCCCAUCCUCAAAUACCUUCCCAACCGUACCAUGAAGGCCUUCAAGGAUCUCAAUCAACGGUUCAAUGCUCUUGUGCAGAACAUCAUUAAGGAACAUUAUGCGAAUUUUGACAAGAACAACAUCCGAGACAUCACCGACUCGCUGAUUGAACACUGCCAGUCUAAAAAUCUGGAUGUGAAUGCCAACGUCCAGCUUGAGGAUGACAAGAUCGUCAAUAUUGUCAAUGACAUCUUUGGAGCAGGGUUUGACACUGUGACCACUGCAUUGUCAUGGUGCCUCAUGUAUCUGGUGACUUAUCCAGAAAUCCAGAAGAAGAUUCAGCAAGAAAUAGACCAAGUCCUUGGCAGAGAAAGGAAACCCAAGCUGUCCGAUCGUUCUGUGUUGCAUUACACAGAAGCGUUUAUCCUGGAGGUGUUCCGGUAUAGCUCCUUUGUGCCCUUUACAAUCCCUCACUGCACAACUAAGGACACAGUGUUGAAUGGCUAUGCUAUCCCACGGGAUACCUGUGUGUUUGUGAACCAGUGGCAAGUCAACCAUGAUCCGAAACUUUGGGACAAUCCAUCUAGUUUCAACCCGGAACGUUUUCUGGCUGCUGACGGAAGUGGGAUAAACAGAGUGGAGAGCGAGAAGGUUCUGCUGUUUGGUUUGGGCAAAAGGAGGUGCAUUGGAGAGAAUAUCGGCCGAGGAGAGAUAUUCCUGUUCUUAACCACCUUGCUCCAGAAGCUGGAAUUCAGUGUCUGCCGCAGAGAGAUGCUGGACAUCACCCCAGAGUAUGGACUCACCAUGAAACACAAGAGGUGCGAGGAUUUUCAGAUUAAGCUCCGUUGAAGUGUGGUGGGCAGACAGGACUGGGGACGGAGGAACGGGACCGCCUCCAACAGAAUACUGCUGGCAAAAUACAGACAUGGCUUAAGUGGUGUUAAGAAAAGUGGCGGACCGAUAUCAGAUGGGUGGUAGGAUGAUGCAUUGUUAUGACACCCAAAGUCACUUGCUUUCCCGAAACUGGAAAAACUGUCUGAUGGACAUACCACAGAAAAAUUGUUCUAAUUGCACGGUGUGCAACUCUAGUUCUACAAUAAACGGACGGAGCUUGUCUGGCACAGAGGCAACUCUUGAGGGUAUGAACUUUCCUGUAAAUAUGGAGUGGGCCAUUCAGAUUCUGGGCUGAAUAUGGCCCUUGAGUAUCUACACCGGCUCUCUGGAUGUCAACAGAUGGUCCCUCUCCUCCUCGUGGCACCUUUAUAUUGUGUUCCUUCCUUCUAAAAGACUUAACUUCUUAGGGCUUAGUUACUAACAACUUUAAGUGAAAUACACUGACUUUUGGGGUCCCCUCCCUUUUGCCUUCAGCCACACCCUUCCUAGGAAUGUGGUCCUCGACAGCAUCUCUGAACUGGAUGUGGCCCCUUUGGGUUCAAAGAGAUUUCCUGCACAUUUUGCUAAAUGCCUAUGCUUUGGACACUAGGAACUCUUUUUAAGAUGAUUGUGAUUCAAAUAAUUACCAGCAACUUUUACUGCCUUCACUGAUAUUUUUAAUAUUUUUUCUCUAAUUACAUCAGUCUUCUAAAUAAAGAAGAAUAUAUUA